GAAAUGGUGUCUGGAACUCAUGAGACAGGACUCAGGAGCCGCCAUGGCAGGAGCAGAGCUAAGCUCAAAGAAGCGGAACAGGUCAUCCCUCUGCUCCUCUCAUACCUUUGUGGGAGCCCUCACUCGUAACAAAUCCCAGAUCUAUCUCCAACGCAGCCGCUCUGGCAGGUCCCGAGCCGACUCGAUUCGUGGCGCAAACCACAGAGAGGUCAGUAUCCAUGAUGUUCAGCACACUGAAAAGAAACCUAAAGGGGCAGAAUCAGCUCCAGGUUCAUCUGUUGUCAACGAUUUGUCUUCAGGUUCCAUCAUCAAGGACCUCCGAACCAGACGGGUCUUUUCUCCACCUUCUAUCGACAUUCAAGAUCAAAACGUUAAUGGGUUUUCUUGCAAGGAAAAAAAAUCGGAAAGUACUAAUCUUGUUUUGGGAAGAGAUGGUGUAACUAGCUAUUUCCGGGACGAUGGUGAGAAACUGGAUGCAGGUUCGUCUUGCAAAGAGCAGAAUCUGAAAAGAGUUCAUGAUAAUCAUCGUUCUUGUUCUGACAAAGACGGACACGACGGUGGUUGUUUAGUUGGCGGAGCUUGUGAAGUUGAGGAUUUUGGGAAAGUGAAUUUAGGGUUUUCUGUCAAAGAGAGAAGCAGCAGUGCAGAAGCUAGGGUUUCAAAGGAGACUUGUCAAUUGACUGAGGAUUAUGUGCAGUCAACGCCACCAGAUGCUGAUACCUUUGGUGGUCAAAGAGAGUCAGAAAUGGAUUUCCUGAAUCAGGUUUUGAAGAAACAGUCAGAUGAAAAUGUCCAGAAAAAUGUUGGGGGCAUUAGAAAGGACAAUUGUACAAAUAAAUCAGUUCUUAAUCCUCUUGCUCGCGCAAAACUUUUCAAAACACCAGGGUCAUUCAGCUAUAGGAGAUUGCUUCCCUAUUUGACAGAUAUCACAAAAGAUUUUCCUGAUGCCCCAAAAGCUGGUAAAAGUCUGAAUAUUCAGAAGCAUUUGCAAAAUAAGACAUUAUUCAAUUCAAGCUGUCAAGAAAGGUUAAUUGAUAUAUCUAAGACUAAGACAGUCUUUUGCUCCCCUGAGGGUCAGAAUGGCAAUUCCUUGCACCAGUUGGAUUCAAAGUUAAUUGACUGCGCUAGAAAAUCCUCUCAACCAUUUCAUUCACAAGAGGAUCCUUUUGUGAGGAUCAACUCACUCACCUCAGUGGCUGAGAAGCAUUAUUCCAAGCCACUUGUCAAUAGAGAGAUCCCAAAAUCUGAGUCAGCACCUUCUCAUGAAGAUCAUAAUUUAAGUAAGUUGCUUUCAACUAUAGAGGAUUCAGAUGUCACUAAGGAUCAUUCGACUUGUGUGGAUUUUGGUCAUGUAAUGCUGAUGAAUGAUGGGAAGGCCAGAAAAGCUGAUGCCAUACCUUCUUUGGAUACUCCCAGAAAUGGUCUGGACCAGGAUCUGUCUAGAAUUACAGAUAAGUGUCAUUCCAGUAAAUAUGAUGAAGUUGGACAGUGCCCAGACAAGAUAAAGUCGCGUGAUGCUGAAGGGGUGAAGAAACUGCAUGUAAGGCAUUCUUUUGAAGUUCAGAAUGUGAAUAAUGCGAAUACUGUUGAACAAUGCUCGGAGGAAACAAAGUCGCCUGAGACUGAAGGGGUGAAGAAAUCAGCAGUGAGGGAUUCUUCCAAAAUUCAUCAUUUUAAUAAUGUGAAACUUGCUCUUCCUGAUGUGAAAGGGAAUAUAAAAGACAGUGUAGAGCAAAGAAGUGACAAUGAUGGUAAAGUUCAUAUUGAAGAUCCAAAUGUAGAAAAUACUCAGAAGGUAGCAUCAAAUGCUGACAUCUUUUCUAAACCAGAGGUAGAUGAAAGAAAAGGGAAUAGAUUGGAUGACAUUUUUCAAGGUGCUAAUCAUCAUUUUGGGAGGUCAGCUGAUGGAAAUCUUUGUAAAACUAAUGGCUAUCUCAGUGAGAAAGCACUUGAAACAAGACCUAUGAGCAAAUCGAUUGCAGAUCCACUGUUAAGUCUGAAGUUAUCCAAAAUUCCAAGUUCAUUAAAUUAUAGAAGAUUGCUUCCUUAUUUGAUAGAUGUUGCAAAAGAUAAAUGUCGUGCUUCUGAAAGUGGCCACUUGUUGGAAGUCAAGAAGGAUACAAAAGACAAACCUCUUUCACCAUUGUUUACUUCUUAUUGCAAUCAAACAUCUGCAGAAAAUUCUACUGACAGAAGUUCUAGAGCUCACCUUUCUGGAGAUAAUAGACCUGUGAUGAUUACAACUGCUAUCAGUGGUUCAUCUAGUGAUGAUAAGCCAAGGCUCUCAUCUCCUAAACAUUUGCUUGAUUCACCAGUGAUAUUGGAUUUGCCACAGGAGCAGGAAUCACUCACUGAACAUGGUACUACAUCUGAUACAGAUCAGAGGUCAGAGAUUAGCCCCAAUAUUGUGAAGCCAACUGAUGGAGUUACUCUAGCAACAAUGCCAUUCUGCUCUCCAAUCUGUUCUGGUUCAAUUUCAAGAGAAGAUGCUAAAUUACCAACCCAGCAGUUACAUGUUAAUACUGAAAUAGGCUGCAUGAAGUCUAUGCUGAAAUGUACUAACGAUGCAAGCCCAACUGAAAUGGACAGCUUUCUUGGAGCAUCUAUUCCUCCUGGGAUUCCUGCUGCUGGCCUCAUGGAGGGUAUUCUUAGAAGAAAUUCUCAUGGAUGCAGAGGUAUAUGUACUUGCUUGAAUUGCUCUUCUUUUCGCCUACAUGCUGAGAGGGCAUUUGAGUUUUCAAGAAACCAGAUGCAAAAUGCUGAAGAAGUGGCUUUAGAUUUGAUGAAGGAGCUAUCACAGUUACGAAAUAUGUUGGACAAUUCCACAAUGGGUGCUGAUAAUCAUGCUGUCAUAUGCAUCAAUCAGGUGAAAGAGGCCUGCAGGAAGGCCUCUGAAGCAGAAAAACUUGCUAAACAACGACUUGGCGAAAUGAAUGAUGAUCUAAACAUUCACUGCAGAAUCACAUGUGGGAAGCGACCAAGAGUGAAAUUUGCUAAUUAUGUUGAAGAACAAGUCAUUUCCACAACAGAUUCACCAGACCAGUAGUUUGAAAUCAUGAGGAAUAUGCUGCAGAGAUGAUUGCUGUGCUUUCUUUUCAUUUUACCUUGGCUCUGCUGAUUUUCAGUUGGCCUUGAAUGUACACCUCCAUUUUACAUUAGCUGCCUGUGUUGACACUACACUAGACAACAACAUCAUAGACUAUAUUUCUGCAGGCCUCUUUCACUCCUGUGCUUAAAUUUCAGGGGUAAAUGAAGUUUCCACUGUUAUGGUUUUGAACCAUUUUUAAUCUUGAUGUUAUGGGGUUAAAACUAAUACAUUUACCUUAAGCUA